ACUAGGGACCACGUUUAAAGAUGCAAUUUUUAUUGCUCCCUCAGCCCUGAAAUUGUUCCUUCAGUUCUCUAUCGAAAACUGCAUGUUAAACUACUUCAAGUCCAGUGCUUCCAGUUCCUCUACCAGUGCUUAAAAUAGAGGGUGACUAUUGGAACUGAGAUUAAUUAAUGGACAUCAUUAUUACAAAGGAUGUUCAAGAAACUAGCCAGAGAUGUCAUUACGUCGAAGAGAGAAGACUUCGAUUCGAUUCUGAAAAGAGGCUUACAAAAACAAAGAGAGGAGGUUGCGUUGGCAUUGCAACGUUUCCCUUACUUCGAUGACUGGGGUGAGGAGAUCAUCAAAGAGACUUGCUCUGUGUCCAAUGUCAGAAGUUAUCUGCCUAACAAGUUGGUUUUAGACGGAACAAAAGGAGCUUCGCAAAACUUCACGUAUUUCAUUUUAGACGGCAGCUGUUGCGUGAUUCAUCGUCUACGAGUAACAUCCAGCCUCGUCGCCGGCCAGUGUAAAUUCAAAAUGUCCCCAGACCAAAGUGAUUCCGCCUCUCCAAAUUCUCAGAGCAUCUACAUGCAAACAUGUAUAUUCAGAGCUGGUGUUUGUUUCGGUCUAGGUGAAAAUCUUGAGAACAAGUGGGUUGUGGCCCAGAACGCGGUGAAGUGCCUGAGGAUCCCAUUACACGUGCUCAUGGCCAACAAUAAAGGCAACGUGUGGUGCCGGAUCCGGCAGUUUCUCGACCUCCGAUUCCCCAGUAGCGACGAAGUGUUCAAACAAUUCGUGGCGCAGAGAACCUGGACAGAAUUCCGCAAGAAGAAUUUUGAACUGUGCAUCAAAAGGAGGAGCACGAGAAGUGGGAUCAGUUACACGGAUGUUCCAUAUUGCUACCGAGUGAACAGCAGUUUGCCGGCUCUACAUCAUCCCACCGCUAAGAGGCUCAAAUCUAAACGAAAAUCAACAUCAUUGGAUGAAACGCGUUUAAGUGGAGCUGAUUUGAAACUUCUGAAAGACCAAAACGAAAUCUAUGAGGACUUUUUGGAUUCUAUGGUGCACUUAAGGUUGAGAUCAGUGUUGAAAUAAUCGUUCGGGAAUACAUCAAUGCAAUCGAGCAACAAAGUGGUUCUAACUGCAUCUGCAACAACAUUA